AUGACGCGCUGGUCGAACCUGGCCAUGUGCAUGUUGGUCAUCGUGAGCGGGGGCACGGUCUAUAGUUUCGGCGCCUACAGCAGCGCCCUCAAGGAGAAGCUGUCCCUGACCCAGGAGCAGCUCGAGAUCGCCGCCCUCUGCUCGAAUCUGGGCAACUACAUCGGCCUCGCGGGGUUCUUCUACGACCGCUUCGGCGCGGCGAUCUCCGUGCGCUUCGGCGCGGGCCUCAUCGGCGCGGGCUACGGCGCCCAGUGGCUGCUCAUGAAGCGCGGCGCGGCGCUCGGACCCGCGCUCGCCGCGCCGCUGCUCUGCGUCUGCUGCUUCGUCUGGGGCCACGGCUCGGGCUACCUGGACGUGGCGGCCAUCGGCACGGGCGUCGCGGCGUUUCCCCGGCAGCGCGGCGCCGUCGUGGGCCUCCUGAAGAGUUUGUACGGCCUCGCGUCAUCGCUGAUC